UCGGAUAGCAACACCCGCUAACAGGAAAUAUCAAAAUCUCAAAUUCGAAAUUAGGAUUUUGAUGUUUCCUUCGGUCAACUCGCCAUUUCGAAUGAAACACGUUGCACGUUCUGGAUUAACUUGAACCUGCCGCGUGUUAUACUGGGCAUGGCCAUUAUAACUUUUAAUUUGUAACAUUCACACCUAUCGUCAGAUUGGCGUACCGUUAAUUCCAUUUGGUUGUCCUAAUUAACAGCUCCACUGGCUUCAAAGUUAACUUGUCAACCGACCCAUCUUUUCUUUACAGUACGCCAAAGCUAACGAUAUGUGUAAAUUAAAAAAAUGUAUAAUGGCAAAUUGGCAAUGGCCAGUAUAACACGCGGCAAGUUCAAGUUAAUCUCGAACGUGCAACGUGUUUUAUUCGAAAUGGCGAGUUGACCGAAGGACACAUUAUUCAUUAACUUUGGACUAAAUUAUUUAGAACGAACGUCAGCUGGCUUUCCACAUAAAUGCUCCCAGAGGACGCGUGCAGGAGUUAUAUUUGUACUAUAUAUAGUACAUGAUACAACCGGGAAAGUUUCACUCAAGGCCGGAAAGUCGAACUAACAGUUCUCAAAUCGCUCCGCGUGAUUUUAAUUUUUAAAGAUCACGAAACCUGUAAAAAGGAUGUGUUUGUAUGAAAAAGAAUUACGAUGUGUGUGCACAUGGAAUUCCGUGGACGUGGAGGUGGAUGGUCAGCUGCAACACGGACACGUCAUCGGGUUAGAAAAUGUCAAAGGAACCGUGCCGCAGUUGAUCGUGGAUUAUGGUUGUCCCGAGCAACGCGCAGUGCCUGUAACAUAUGGGAGAAUUUUCCAUUGCGCAGGAAUUCAGGGCAUUGGACAAAGAUCGGUUGAUUUCCUUUUCAAACAGCAGGGCGACACUUGUCCCGAAAUGUCUGCGAGAGCGAAUCGAAUUGACGUAGAGGUGUUGUUUCGCACUGCUCCCAUUCAUCCUCGGAAAUGGUACCCAGCAAAACUGCUUAUGUCCGGAUUCCUUUAUCUGCGAGACUUUGCUUUGGUUGAAGUGAAGCUUGCUGGUAACCGUUAUCGCGAACUGCUGCACUUGUCGCAAGUGCGCUACCCGUCAUCGGAAGAGGAAAUGCAGCGCCGAAUACUUGCGCCGGGGAUGUUUGUCAUCCGCUCCAAAUGUUUCAGCGAAGGAUACUGGAUACCAUUAGAUCCAGCGGUGGCAGUACAGUUUAUUCGGGAUACUGAUCAUGAUCACAUUUCCCCGGUUUUGCACUGUGGCUGCAAAAUUCACACGUUUUUGCCGACACAUGCUCAUGAGCUCAAAACCAUUCCAGUGGAAAACCUUGAAGUAGCUUUCGAGAAGUAUCGCGUGCUCACAGCUUUCGAGAAGUACUGCGUACUCAAAGGCGAUACUGCAUUAACGAGAAACGGAAUUAAGGAUGAAAUGGAAUCAGCCAGCGCCGACAACCCGGCUCUAAAAUUUCUGCCACCGGAACUUUUGCAGGAAAUCUUCCAUUCGAUGGACACCAUCGAUCGGCUGCGCUGUGGACGCACCUGCCAACUGUGGGACACUAUUUUGAAUUUACCGGAACUCUGCCGCGAUCUGCGCGUAAGGCUGAGUGAAAGCAGAAACACUAUCCCGACUAGAAUCGAAGAAUCGAAUUAUGGCGCAUAUGCUUGUAUCUUCAAGCACAUUACACCAGCCACGCGUACCAUCGCCAUAAGAGGCACCGCCGUCAUUGUGGCAGAUAAUAUCCGCUUUGAAGAGGAAACUAACGCGGGCCAAGCCCUUGGAUACAUUGGCCGGGUCGUAAAAGCCAUGGGCACCCGGCUUGACCGCUUGGUUCUGAGACAACGCAAUAUAAGUGUUCGACUAGAGGUCGCCCACGUUACCUUCCAGGGCUUACGUAUUCCUCGCGGGACUCUACAGGGCAACUUUGACCAUCUGUCAGCAACUUAUUCUUCCAUGGCAUCCUGGUGUGAGUGGAUAAUCUGGACGAACUGUACCCUAAACCUAAACUGCCCAGCGCAGUGCGUGAUUCGUUGCCAUAUUCCGCGUGCAGUCUUCCAUCUGCGCAGCAUUAACACAGAGCACGUUUGGGAUAUAUUCGAGCAGAAUUUGGUCGAUGCGUCCCCGGUGGAUAUGGAACGUGUCAGCAAGUGGGCGGCGGAUCAGAUUACGAAAAAAUCCCCCGUGGGCUGUCAUCGAAUUAUAAAGAUACUGAUGGCGUACCAGACCGGCGAUCCACGGCUUUCUUCGCAUUAUUCCCAGUGGAAUUGGACGUUACACAAUCUGGAUAGUUUAGAUAUUUGGAAAGUGAAUAAAAUUUGUUUCUCUGCGUUGUCCAGUUGUGUGACAGAGGCAAACGAUGCGUUAUCGGCAGACAGCAGAAACUGUGAGCCUCUUCGAAAGAUGAUGAAAACCGCACAGUAGAUUUUGUAGUGAGACA